ACUUGUUCUCUCCGCGGCAAGUCGGCCAAAAAGUACAGUUAAUGUCGGACGGUCUCCUUUUAAUAUCCAAAAAUAUCCGAGCCAUCCCGUAGCUUUUAGUUAAUAAAAUUAAUUAAAGUGAAUUCAAAAACUCAUCCCAAUGGCGGAAGCGGAUAAAUUAAACAUCGAUAGCAUUAUUGCUCGGUUACUCGAAGUGCGGGGAGCGAGACCAGGAAAAAAUGUUCAGUUGACGGAGAACGAAAUACGAGGAUUGUGUUUAAAAUCCAGGGAAAUCUUCCUUAGUCAGCCGAUAUUGCUGGAAUUAGAGGCCCCUUUAAAAAUUUGCGGUGACAUUCACGGUCAGUACUAUGACCUGCUGCGUCUUUUCGAAUAUGGUGGCUUCCCUCCUGAAUCCAACUACUUGUUUUUGGGUGAUUACGUGGAUCGUGGCAAACAGUCGUUGGAGACGAUCUGUCUGUUGCUCGCGUACAAAAUUAAAUAUCCUGAAAAUUUCUUCCUGCUACGCGGCAAUCACGAGUGUGCGUCCAUUAACAGAAUUUACGGAUUCUAUGACGAGUGCAAAAGACGGUAUAACAUAAAACUAUGGAAAACUUUUACGGACUGUUUCAAUUGCUUGCCAGUGGCGGCCAUUGUGGACGAGAAGAUAUUCUGUUGUCACGGAGGUUUGAGUCCAGAUCUUCAAUCCAUGGAGCAGAUCAGGAGAAUAAUGCGGCCGACAGAUGUGCCGGAUCAGGGUCUGCUUUGCGACCUGCUCUGGUCUGAUCCUGACAAAGACCAAAUGGGGUGGGGCGAGAACGACAGGGGCGUGAGUUUCACGUUUGGGGCCGAGGUCGUCGGCAAGUUCCUCCACAAACACGACUUUGACCUGAUAUGCCGCGCGCAUCAGGUCGUAGAAGAUGGCUACGAGUUUUUCGCGAAGAGACAAUUGGUGACGCUAUUCAGUGCGCCGAAUUAUUGUGGCGAGUUUGAUAACGCGGGCGCAAUGAUGUCCGUCGACGAGACGCUGAUGUGCAGUUUUCAAAUAUUGAAGCCGGCCGACAAGAGGAAAUUCCAGUACAACAUGAACGCGGGCCGACCCGUGACACCGCCCAGGGGGGCCACCAACAAGAACAAAAAGAAGUGAACUAAUUUAUUGAUAAGCCUAGGUUUAGCGUCAUCAUGAAUGUUUUCCCACCCUCCUCUCAUCCUUGUCCCUGUCCCCGUCCUCAUAUACAUGUACCGCAAAAGUAAUCGGAAGAUCCGUUCAUCCUAGGUUAAGUACAAAUCAAAUGUAAGAGAAAUCAGGUUAAUUCGUUGUAUAUCCGGUCUAUCAGAUAACACUAGUACGUAAAAAUGUCGUGGGGUGCCGUUUCGCCGUAUUUUUUGGUGGGGCGUAGAGUUUUACCGAACAUUAUAUGUACAUUUUAGCAGAAAUAAAAUGAAACGGCAAAAAAAUCUAUUUGCGAAACUUUUAGAAAGCAAAAAAAAAAGAAUUGAAGUCAAAAAGAAUUGAAGUCGCACCGCGCCGCGCUAUAUUUAUUACUUUCGUAUUCCUCACUUUUCUUUUAAUAUUUUUUUUUUCAUUAAUCCGACUUUUGUAUAAAAUGUAUUUUUAUAUGUGUAUAAACUUCGCAAAAAUC